GGGAAUGGGAGCAGACAUUUCAAGAACUGAUCUGUCAGGAGAAACCCCGGGCCAGAUGGACCCUGAAGAUGGAUGGAAGCCUUCGGCCAGACUGUGUGGCCCAGGGGUGGAAGCAAUACCAGCAGAAAGGAUUUGGCAGAUGGCUCAGUGGUAAAGAAGCUCCUGCCAAGCAAGAGGUGCAGAUUUGACCCUUGGAUUGUGAAGAUCCCCUGAAGAAGGAAAUGGCAACCCACUCCAGUAUUCUUGCCUGGGAAAUCCCAUGGACAGAGAAGCCUGGUUCUCGUGUUCCUCAUGCCGUCGAAGCUGGGCUUCUGCCCAAGUGAAGAUCCUAUGUCACAUGUACCUGGAGAACCAGAAAUCCCCAGGCAAGGUGCUCAUGCGGAUCUUUGGACAGAGGUGCAAGAAGUGCUCCCGGUCUCAGUUUGAGAAGCCUGAUUUCUCCCCAGAAAGCAGAAAUAGGAUUCUGCAAAACCUGGUGCAGCGUGUUCUGGAGAAAUUCUACAGAAAUGGUUUCAGGAAGGUUUCGGAGUUACCCGUGAUCCCGGAAGUACCUUUGAAUGGGUCCCACGACACGGCCAAUUGUGAAGCAUGUGUUCUGGGCUACUGUGUACUGAACUCAGAAAACGGCAUGACAGGGCCAGAAAGAUCCUCUGUCUCCUACAUGGAGAUUGGGAGUUCCUCUCCUCACAAUGGUGACCAGUGUGGCCAAAACCGAUCUAGGAACCACUUAGCAGUGGGGAGUGGGUAUUCUGGUGCCCAUAUAGGCUCAGGGCCCAGCCAUGUCACUGCUGGGAUCCAAGUGCCUGGGAAAGGCCCUCAGCCUAAACGGGAGAUGGGCGAGCUGUUCAGACCAGGGGCAGAUCGACAGGCUGCACGGGCAACCGGCCCACAGCCCAUCCGAGUAGCAGGAUCACUUCCCCCAGGGUGGACAGAUCCACGGCCCAUUCAAGCAGUAGGCCCACUACCUUCAGGGCGUGCGCAUUCACAGUCUACACAGGGGAGAGGACCACAGGCCCCCCGGAUGACGUACUCUCAGGCUAUAAGGAGGUCAGGCCAGCAGUCAACACACGAGGCACAAGCCACAAAAGGGGCACAGCUUCAGGCCACAAAGGUGACAGAACCACAGCCCACCAGAGCGACAAUCCCAAGGGCCACAUCAGGAUCAGACAGUCAGGCUAAAGGGAUGACAGGCCCCCCACCACAGAGGUCAAGCUCACAGCCCACACGGAAGGCAAUCUUGAAGGUCACAUCAGGGUCAGACAGUCAGGCUAAAGGGAUGACAGGCCCCCCACCACAGAGGUCAAGCUCACAGCCCACACGGAAGGCAAUCCCGAAGGCCACAUCAGGGUCAGACGGUCAGGCUAAAGGGAUGGCAGGCCCCCCACCACAGAGGUCAAGCUCACAGCCCACACGGAAGGCAAUCCCGAAGGCCACAUCAGGGUCAGACGGUCAGGCUAAAGGGAUGGCAGGCCCCCCACCACAGAGGUCAAGCUCACAGCCCACACAGGAGGCAAUCCCGAAGGCCACAUCAGGGUCAGACAGUCAGGCUAAAGGGAUGAUAGGCCCCCCACCACAGAGUUCAAGCUCACAGCCUGCACAGGAGGCAUUCCCGAAGGCCACAGUAGGGUCAGACAGUCAGGCUAAAGGGAUGACAGGCCCCCCACCACAGAGGUCAAGCUCACAGCCCACACAGGAGGCAAUCCCGAAGGCCACAUCAGGGUCAGACAGUCAGGCUAAAGGGAUGACAGGCCCCCCACCACAGAGGUCAAGCUCACAGCCUACACAGGAGGCAAUCCCGAAGGUCACAGUAGGGUCAGACAGUCAGGCUAAAGGGAUGGCAGGCCCCCCACCACAGAGGUCAAGCUCACAACCUGCACAGGAGGCAUUCCCGAAGGCCACAGUAGGGUCAGACAGUCAGGCUAAAGGGAUGACAGGCCCCCCACCACAGAGUUCAAGCUCACAGCCUGCACAGGAGGCAUUCCCGAAGGCCACAGUAGGGUCAGACACUAAGGCUACAAGGAGGGCAGGUCUCCCACUGGAGUCAAGCUCACAGUCCACAUGGCCACAUGUAGGACCUUCAUGUGGAAGUCAAGCUGCCUGGGGCAGGGAGGAGAGGUACUCACCUGGAGGGUCUGUAUCAGACAGCUUUUUCAGAUUACCUCCCUCAAAUGAUCUCCGUAACCAGGAGCAGCUGUUCAGGUGGGGCUAUGUCUGUAUUUUUGCUCUGUUUACCUUUCUGGUGUCUAAAUACUUAUGAGUAGAAUGAUGGAAAAAAAAAAAAAAAAAGAGCUGUCUUCUCUUAAUUCCAUGAUAGUCAGUGAACUGGCUGCCAUUUUAAUAUGACAAAAUUUGCUCUGGGACCAAUGCAGGGUCAAGUUUAGAGAAUAACCAAUGGAUCCUGGACCUCCUCUGCAGGUAGUUUAAAACAUGACCCAGGGAAUGCAAAUUGAUUAAGCUACUAUAAAGAAUACUAUGGAGAUUCCUUUUAGAAAACUAAGAAUAAAGCCAUCAUAUGACCCGGUAAUCCCACUACUGGGCAUAUACCCUUAGGAAACCAUAAUUGAAAAACACACUUGUACCCCAAUGUUCAUUGCAGCAUUAUUUACAAUAACUAGGACAUGGAAGCAACCUAGAUGUCCAUUGACAGAUGAAUGGAUAAAGAAAUUGUGGUACAUAUACACAUUAGCUACAGAAAGGAAUGCAUUUGAAUCAGUUCUAAUGAGGUGGAUGAAUCUAGAGCCUAUUAUACAGAGUGAAGUAAGUCAGAAAGACAAAUAUUGUGUAUUAACACAUAUAUACAGUAUAUAUGGAAUCUAGAAAGAUGGUACUGAUGAUCCUAUUUGAAGGGCAGCAAAAGAGACACAGACAUCAAGAACAGACUUAGGGUCACAGUGGGGGAGGGAGAGGGUGGGAUGACUUAAGAGAGUAGUGCUGAAACACAUACAUUACCAUAUGUAAAACAGACAGUCAGUGGGAAUUUGCUGUAUGAUUCAGGGAACCCAAACCAGGUGCUGUGACAACCUAGAGGGGUAGGAUGGGGGCGGGGGGAGGUGGGAGGGAGUUUUAAGAGGGAGGGGACAUAUGUAUACCUAUGGCUGAUUCAUGUUUAUGUAUGGCAGAAAUCAUCACACUAUUGCAAUUAUACUCCAAUUAAAAAAAAUGACCUCACAGUUAAUGGAACCAAUAAUAUUUGUUAAAUCAUUAAAAGAUUUUUGCUGGUGCAUUCACUCAUUCAUUGAUAU